GCUGUGUCAUCGCUUUAUGUGUGGAUGGACCAGACGAGAAACUUCAUGUCCUAUGUGCGCAUCAGUGACUCGCACUUAAGGAGGGGUCAUUGUCUUGCCUGCAAACACUCGUCAUCGACACAGAUAUCCAGACAGAUAGACAGCGAGAGGGAUAGAUAGAUUACACACAAAAAUACCCACCCAGUGGGCAUUCGUUCGUCCAUCCUUACGCACACGACACGGCCUCACUCACUGAUCGAACUCCUGUAUGUCACAAUCACCAUCAGCCCACAAGAAGGAAGCCGCAGAGAAGGCAGAGAGGAGAUGGGGAGACUAGGGAAGCGGUCGAGAAUAGGCAGGUAGGGUACAAGGGAAAAAGAGGGCGGUGGAGUCGCCCCCACCCUCUCUCACUCUCACUGGCUCUCGCUCGCUCGCAUCACGAACGUCAAUCGGCAGCCAGCCAGCCAGCCAGCCAGCCAGACGGCGAAGUACAAAACUGGGCAGAUGCCCUCCCCCCUCCGCCUCCUCUCUCCUCUCGUGUGUCCGUCUGUCGGUCCUGCUGACUGCGUUGCGUGAAGGCGCCAAGAACCACCCUGCCCCACCCUCCCCCUCUGAAUCUUGUUUGCCAUCCUGUAUGAGGAGGCCCGGCCUGACUGACUCACUGACUGACGACGUUGACACUGUCCCCCCCUCUCUCCCUCCCUCCCUCUCUCCCCCUCCCUGCUGCGUCACUCUCUCAGUCCCUCGGCUGCCGGAGCUCCUGGUUCAUCUCGAGUUCUCUCAGUUUGUAGCCGAUGGCGAUCUGCCACAGGCACAGCUGGGCCAGGCUGGUGCCCGUCUGCUGCAGGAUCGUCUCGGCCCGUGCGUCGCGAGACCGAGCCCCUCCCAUCCCCAACAGGACAGACUUGGUCAGCUGGCCAUUCAAAACACACACACACACAAACAUGAGGCGACUUGGCGCAUCCCUGCGACACGUGUGUGUGAGUGUUUGCAUGUCAUCACCUGUUUGAUGGCUUCUACAAGGUCGUCUGGGAGGUUUGUGACCUCUGCGGAGCGCCGCUUGAGAUACAUCUUCAUGUAGGCCAUCAGCUCGGCCGCCUCGCUGCCCUUGCCGUACUCACCCGAUCGCCUCAUCACCACCCGACCCUCCUCGUCGGCCUUGCUCAGCUCCCGCUGCCGAUCUAUCCGCCGCGACAGCCGGGACAGACGCUGCUUGAGGGCAUCGCGCUCGGCCUCCAGCUCCCUCACGUACUCGGACACAUCUGCCUCGACCGUCCGCCCGUCGGAAGUGGUGAGACUGAUGGUCCCAGUGGCCUCGCUGGCUGGCUCCUUGCCUCCCCCCUUCUUCUUGCCCGAAGAUGAAGGCCCUUUCUUUUUCUGCGCUUUGGCCUUUGGCCUGCCCUCGGCGACGUCGGCCUCCUCCAUUGCUCCAGACAGGCGAUAACGGUACUCGGCAUGCUUGAGGAUGUAGCCGGCCAUGCACACCUGCCAGAUGAGGGCCGCCAGCCUCUCGCCCGUCGUCAAGACUGUCGUCUCGAGUGAGAACUUUGGGAUGGUCCCCAGAAAGCCACGGACAGUCGAGAUGGCGACCUCCUUGGCCUGCGGCGACGCCCCCGCCAUGAAGCUCUGCGUGAGAUCCCGAGGGCUCCACUGAGCGAUCUGCCGAAAGAACUCAUUUUCAGAAUCCUCGAGGGAAAGAGGGAGGUCAAACUCGCCAGCCGCCUUGCCCGCGAAAGACCCUCCGAACACCGUGUUGUUGUCGCCUCCGUGUGCACCAGCCAGGGGCAGGUCCCACCGCACUGGCUGAGAUUGCGACAUGAGCUCGUCCAGCAGGUUGCCCUCCUCCUUCUCGUCGUCCUCAAGCCCCUCAUCUGAGAACUUAAAGCUGGCGUGAGGCGGCUGCCGUGUCGGCCGCCGCCGCCUGUCAGCCUGAGAGCCAGCUGAAGACGAUGAGAACGCUGAGAGCGAUGGGAGGGGAGGGGAAAGGAAGGAUGAGGGCGAGGAUGCUGCCCUUGACCAUCUCCUCCGCGGCAGGGCGCUCCUCGCAGAUGAGCAGAUCACAAGAGAUAGAGAGCCGAGGACGAAGCAGAUGAGGAGGCGCAUCUGGCGUGUGAGUGAGCAGCGGCGAUUCAAGAUGCUAUGUUCAUCCCGCGGAAAGGCUGACAAAGGUGGCCGGGUGGCAGCGGACGGAGUGCCUCUUCGCUGUUGCGUCAUCAUCAUCAAACCGCC